AUGGACAGUUUGAGUGUGGAUGGUGAGUCGCUGCUGGGCCCUGGAGAGGGUCUGAUGCGGAUGGUUGGGAUGUGGCAGCCACAGGAAGCCUCCCGCCGCCUGCCGCCCGCCGCUCGCGCCUGUCUCACGCUCGUCUCCAUCGCUUUCCUCUCGGUUGCCCUAUUUAUCAAGCAUGGGACCACGUUCCGGCAGCUGAUACAACUGUUGGUUAAGACCAGAGUGCAGCAUAACGAAGUAGCAGGCGAUGAGUGCAAAAGACGUCGAUGCCAGAGGCAUGUGCAACGUCUAUAUUUGCUUUUAAAGGUGGCCGUCGUCGCCGGUUUGAUUGACUGGUUGUCAUCACCGCUGGUGUCCAGAGCUCUUCUGGGGGACGACGAAAGCAGCCGGCAGCUGCCGCUGCCACUCUGGUUGCCUGGUGAUGUCUACGUGUCACCCACUUACGAGAUUCUGUACGCAGUUCAGUGCGUUGCCCUGACUAUCGCGAGCAAGAAUUACGAGCAGCCUGCUAGAGCAAGAGAUCGAGGAGAACUUAGCGAGUAUCAGACAACCAAGGAAACACUGGUUUUAUCUUGUGCUAAGAUUUAUGCAGACUGUGUCUCUGAUGAACAGAUGCAUCGACAAUUGGCGAAGAACAUUCAGCAUCAUCAAAUACUUCUCAGGUCCAUCUCUAUCCUGCAGACGACAAUGAGCGUGCCAACAUUUUUCAUCCUUGCUAUCAACAUCAUUAACCUGUGCGGAAAUCUAUUUAUUUCCAUCGUGAGCGAGAAGCUGAUGCAGUCGGCUUUCAGCUGUGGCUGGACAGAGAGCGACGUCCGCCUCAGGCGCAGCCUGCUGCUCUUCAUGACGGCGACGGCGCGACCGGUCGAGAUCACAGUGGGAAAGACGACCAAGCUGUCUAAGGAGACGCUGCUCCAGAGCGAGAAACUAAUGCCGUCGGCUUUCAACUGUGACUGCACAGAGUGCGAAGUACGCUUCAGACGCAGCCUGUUCAUCUUCAUGACGGCGACAGUGGAACCUGUCGAGAUCACAGUGGGCAAGACGACCAAGCUGUCUAAGCAGACGCUGGUCCAGGUGCUAAAUGGAACGUACGGGCUGUUGAACAUGCCUUAUCAUAUCUACAGCAAUCUAUGA